AUGCUCCUUUGCCGCUUGCGACCUGCAGCGCUUGGAUUCUUCACAGCUCAUACCUUGGCAGAGGUGCUGCCCGCAGCAGAGGACAUGCUCCUGAGGCUGGAGCGGGGCAAGGUCUACGAUGACAAGGAGAGGCGGUUUGCCUACGAGCUUCCCCUACCGAAGCUACCCGUCCCAAUUCAAGGCUCUCCAGGCUCUCCUUUGGCAGUUGCAGUGUGUUCUCAACUGGGACCAUCAUGGGAGUUUCCCAGCUUCGGAAAGUGCCACUUAGUAACGCAGGAGGUCCAGUCCUUGAUUGACACAGACCUGGACGCAGCACUCAGAGAGGUGAUUUUCAACACGGCAGCUGCAGCGCGUGCUGAAGGCUUCCAUGUGCAGGUGAGCCGUCAUGACCUUUUCCAUGGUCACUUCUUCCGUCGCAAGAACGGUGAGGUUGGCAUCCUUCUCCAUGCAUGCGAAUACCCUUGCAGGAACGAUGAUGCCUUCCCUGUAAACCUGGGCUUCUGUCAGUCAGAUUCUUGUAUCCAGUAUUCAGACGAGGUGAUGCAACACCGAAAUUUGGUGAUCCUCUUCUCCCCGUGUGUUCGCGCCUUUGUGUUGGAUGCAGAGUCCGACUGCAUCAAGGCGCUCAUCCCCGACUACGCACAAAAACCCAUGUACACGCUCUACGAGGACACUCUGGGGGAGCCUUUGGCUGAUGUGUAUUUCUUGCCAGAGCAGCCUAAAUUGGGCUGGGUCUCACGGAGGUCCUAUCCGGCUCGGAAGGAAAACUUCAAGCGCGAGAAAUACUUCAUGAAGUUUGAAUCUUCACAAAGUGGGCGUGCUGGAAGUGCAGGGAAUACGGCUGGCAACGAUGGAACUGAACUCGUUGAGGCGGAGGAGCUCCAGGAUGAGGAAUCGUUUGUGAAGGAUUUGAUCGAUGUAGACCAUCACAUCCAGGACUUGGCCAAGAGCAUUCUAUUUCAGCACCUCGAGCGAGCCAGCAUCGAGGAGCGAGCCGCAGCCAAAGCUGAAGAGGCACGCCGCCGAAAAGAGGCGGAGCUGCGCCGCGCUAGGAAGAAGGAGCAAAUGGCAAGGGAUCCGAAGCGAAAGGAAGAUGGAAAGCCGAAAGAUCGCUCCAUCCCCCUCCGCCAUUAUGAGGUCUAUGGGGAGAAGGGAUCCGAAAAAGUUAACAUUGUAGACAUUCUGAAAAUCCAGAGCCAAUGCGAGAUGCUGAACGAAAGCGGGGGAGUGGAUCAGAUGUUGGAACAAAGACAUCGAUCUGAAAAGUUGCAACGGGCUUUGACCUUUACGGACCCUGGAAGCAAGAACUCAGCAGCUUUGGAGGCGUCGUUGUUUCAAUCAGAGAUUCCUCCAGAUCUCAGCAGAGACGAACGUGCCAAGCAACUGCGCAAGGACAAAUAUUUGAAUCACCUCAUCGACAAGAUGAGUAGGCUCAGGAGUGAGUGGAAAUACAUGCUCCCUUUUGACGUGGAUCUUGCCAGCUCUGGUUUUACAGAUGGCACCGGUGAAAGGAUGUCGGUCAGUGACUUGUGUGUCAAGAAUCCACGCGCAGCGCAGAACUUUCUGAAGGAAAUCUCCAGCUUGAUAGGCCAACGAAUUCAGGCCUAUGGGGGCCGGCAACGAGGCAUCGUAGGUGGACAUAGCAUCCUCGAGACGCUGGGUGGCUCCAAGGAUCCAACGUCGUCCAUCCAAACAGAGAUCCCGUUGGCAAGGCAAUCAUCAAAACGGAAGACCCUGCAGGCACAACUUGAACGUAGUGCCACGCUGAAAGCCAAGAACAGGAAGCGUUGGUCUAUUGUCAAGGCCGUUGUGCAUUGGCUCCUGCUCCAUUUCCGCUUCAAACGUUUGCACAAGUCCUCUGACAUUUGCCUCCUGGUUCUGCGGCAGCUGGGUGAAUGGUCGCGCAUAAGGCGCGCCAUGAAAGGCUUUGUAGACAACGUGACGCUGCUGCAAAGAUGGUGCAAGAGAUUUCUUCAAGUCAAAAGGCGGCGCUGCAGCCAACUAGAAAAAGAGUGGGAGAGGUACGAAGACUUCCACUUGCAGAACUUCUUCAGGAACAAAGCCCAGGCAAUCAUCCAGGAGCAGAAGGAAUUGGAGAAGGAAACGCCUUCGAAAAAGACUCAGUACAAGGGCUUGACCUCUGGAAAGGCCAAGCGGGAAAAGCAGGCACUUCUAAGCAUGAUGGAGAAAAGCGUUGAUGGAGGCGAUAUCUCCAUAGAUUUUCGAGCAUACAAGAUCCCAGGGCCUGAAAGGCGAGCGAUCAUCAAUCGGUGGUACAUGGUGACUUUGAGGAAUCAUGUUCGAUCGGAACAGACCAUUGCCAUGACGAUCAGAGAAAUGCUGGCAGCCGAGAGGGAGCUUGAGCGGUUCGUAAAGACGUUUGGCACGCACACUAUCCAAGCGCCGCCCAAACCAACUGCAGAAGAGGUGGCUGAAAUCAAGAAGCUCAAGACCAAAGCCGUGAAUGAUGAUAUGUCGGGACUUCGUAUGGGUGGAAAGCUGAAGAAUGACUGGUUCCGUGUCUCCGAGGAGUUUGUGGUGCGAUGCAUUGCCGUGGCGGCACAGGCCAUGGAGACGAUGCAUCCCUUCCACGAUCACCCGGCCAACCGCGGCUUGACUACAAGGCCAAUGGCCGUGCCUUACGAUCAGCAGGGAGACAUCCGACCCUUUGCAACAGCUGCAAGGACCUCAGCAUUUGCUGACGUGGGCAGCUUGAGCCUCCCAUGCCAUGCUCAGGUUGUGAGGGCUUCUGCGCGACCUGUUGAUUUGGGUCGGCUGGGAACCAAAACCCUGAAAGCCAGAGCCUCAAAGGCACGGCGCCUCGAUGAGGAAGCUAUCACCACUCGGGCGGGUGAAAGACGAGGAAGCAUGCUUGCUAAAGCUGCCGCACCAGAUCCCACAGCUCCAGCCCAAGGUAGCAGUGGCGGAGGCCACGAUAUUGAGGAUCUGCUCAAAACCCUGACGCCAAGACUCCGUCAGAUCAGUGAAACACAAAACUUGGAGUACAGGCUGAGCAAGGGGAAGGAAGACAAAGAAGAGAAACCCGAAGCUGAUGCGUGA